GUAUGAUAAAGGAACCGAGUAACAGCCCAGCAAACAUAGCCACCAUGGAUCGGCUCCACCGCCAAGCUAUUCUAGACUGCUAUGAAGACAUUUCCCGUGACAUGGACCCUAAACUGGUCCUGCGAUACAGCACUGUUCACUGGCGGGACGAAGACCCGGGCGUCAUUCGGGCCAAGGAGAGAACCGAGGGACGUCACUCCAGUGCUAGGGCGCUCUUGGACAAGCUGUUGGAUCUACCGUACGAUGGAUUUGACGACUUUGUUCAGAGCCUUAGCGCAGUCCCGUACGAUCACCUUGUGGAGCAGCUACUGGAGGCUCGGACACGACUUCGGACAAGAGUGGAAAGGGGAGAAAUAAGGAUGAGGGAUCUUGGAAGACGUCGACAAGAUACCACUUUCACAACAUGGACACUUAGCAUUUUAGUACUAUCCGUUGGGAUUCUAGUGGCAGGUUUGACCUGGGCGCUCAGUUUCGGAACAAAAGAAACAUCUUUAAUGACCGUCUUCCCCCGUCGUCUGAAGACGUUUGUGGGACGAGAGGAUGUUUUCGGCAAGAUCGACGCCUGUCUUGAACAGAACCAGACCUGCCUCAUCAAAGGACUGGGCGGUGUCGGUAAAACAACACUGACCAUAGAGUACGCACACAGGCGUGCGAAUGUGUACGAUGGAACAGUGUUCUGGGUCAGGUUAGCAAGUACUAGAGACCUAUGUGCUAGCAUCAGUCAGUACAUUUUGUACUUUAAUGGGAGGGGAGAAGAAUAUGUGCUCUCUAGCGAUGACCUGGGUUGUAAGUCCGUGAAGAUGCACUUUAGAGAGUACUUGACAAACACGAAAAUUUGGCUUUUAGUUGUUGAUGAGGUAUCUCGCGACACCAUGAAAGAGCUAGGGUCCCUUCUCCCACAUAGUCCCACACGGACAAUGCACAUUUUACUAACUUCGCAAGAAUAUCAAAGACUUGAUAUGGAGCAUAUUUCAGUGGUCAGUAUUCCUCCGUUCAGUCACACCGAGGCCUUGGCCAUGUUUGACAAAACUGUCAGACCAAGCGAUGAAGAUGACAGGAGAGAGAUCGAAAGCCUCAGUCGGUCCUUGGGACACCAUCCCCUAGCCUUGCAGUUCGCGUACUCAUAUAUAUCUGCAACUGACUGCUCUAUCAAAGACUACCAUGCCAAAUAUAUUGAAGGCUACGCUACGCAAAAGGUAGACUUGCUAGACAAAGCUGACGUAGAACAAUCCGCAAACAGGAAGAUACGCCAAACAUUUCAAAUCACGUUCCAAUAUGUAGCAAACCUUUCUACAAACGCGGCCUAUCUUUUAAGUAUGGCAUCGUUUGUGGGUCCCGACUGCAUACCCUGCCCAAAAGCGAUGAGGAAAAGAAUUGCAAGACUUUUUUUUCCUGCAGGGCAAUUGGACAAACUGGAUACGAUAGAAAUGGUGUCUCUUCUAGAGAGAUUUUCCUUGGCUUCUCAUUGCCAUUUUUUUCAACCGUGUGGAUUUAGCGUGAAUAGAAUAGUACAGGAAGUUAUUGUGGCAGAAAUGGACGAAUUAGAGAGGCUUUUUCGUUUACAAAAUGCACUGGAAUACUCCGCUUUGCUCCUAAGGAACACUAAGCACACUUCCAGGGUUCAGGCCGAGUUCUUGAUGUCCCACGUGCAUUAUGUAGCCUUGAAUCUUGACAGGUACCAAACGAAAGGCCCAUUCCCUGCUUCUUCUAUAAACAUUUUCUUUAAUAAGUCCGCCGACUUUUUCUGUCGAUGGGAUGCGUGUGACGAGGCGUACUAUUUUUUUACUCUCCAAUCAGAUAUUAGGCUCCGGCUGUUUUUUACCUCCAUGAAAAAUGGAGGACCUGGUAUAGUUUUUGGUGUGUCUGUGUGUGUGUCUCUGUGUGUGUGUGUCUGCCUGUCUGUUUGUGUUUCCGGAUAUAUGUGGUCAACAUAACCCUAGUUGAUGUUGUUUUUGUCGUUUUUAUCUGUCUUUCAUUUUUGUAUUGUAUCUGCUAUGUUAGAUAGUAGUAAGUCCACGGGACCUUUGCCUGUGUCAGUUUGCCAUCUCUUUAACAAUAUCAACUUUCUCAGGAACACACUGCUUCCUUGCCUGUAUAAAGAUGCAGUGCAUUUUCUAUCAAGGACCGUGAAGACAACUCCUGGAAACAGCUGAACAACAAAUACGAUAUUAUUAGUAAGUUUCUCGACAUCCUCGACCCACUGUUGAAACGUUGCCAUUUUCUUGGAAUCGGAGUUGCAAGAAAAAAGAAGCAAAAAAUUACGAAGCAAAAGAGCACUAAACUUGCUAACCAUAUUUCAUUCGUUCUAAGUUAUAUGAUUAAAAAGCGCAAGACAUUGUACAUCCCUUUGCCACAGUAAGCUGCACAUUUGCAUGUCCUGCCUUUCGAGCUGUGUUUAAUUGUGAGAGCUCCUUCCCGUACAUUAGGUGGGUCUGGAAC